CCCUUCCUCAUGCCGCCAUUACCCUCCACUCUCCCAGAUUCUGCCUCUUCUUUAAUCGCCUCUGCUCAACGGAGAAUACAUGACAUCUCUUCCCAUCAACUACCCAGAUUGCGGGCAUGCAGUGGGCCUCGGUCCACCCUUGACGCGCUGGACGAAGAGCUACGUGGGGAUUUCAAUACCGUGAAGGGCAUAGUGGAGGAACUCGACGGCCUCGUUGGUGAUCUGACGCGAAAGCGGGACCAGGAGGAGCUGGAGGGUGUGGUGGCUGAGUUGAAUGAUACUCUGCUUCGACUGCGGCGUGAGGCUCGUGACGCACUGCUGGCAGCGAAGCGUGCUAUGGAUAGCUUAGACGAAAAGGCCCGGCGGAACGAAUUGCUUGGUGAAAAACGCGUCGUCGAUGAGAACGAGAAGAAUGGAGAUGCAGUUAUGGCGGCGCAGGACAAAGUCACUGGCGCAAUGCAGAGGACUAUGGACUUGUUGCAGGCAGAGCUGGAGCGCUCAGUUCUCUCAUCUCAAAUGCUUUCAAGUUCAACUGCAACACUCAAAUCUACAUCUUCGACGCAUGACACUCUCACAUCCGUCAUGGAUACCUCCAAGCAACUCAUAACUGCCCUCGAGAAGGCUGACUGGCUCGAUCGAAUCCUGAUAUUUGCUGCACUGUCUUUUUUCCUGCUUGUCGUGCUGUUCAUCCUGAAGCAGCGGAUCUUUGACCGGAGUAUGCGGCUAGCGUUUUGGUGGACGCGCUUUUUACCAGACUUCCGCGGGGACGAGGCAUUGCUGAGGGCUGAGAAGGGGGUCGCGGAGACGAUUGUCGCAUCAUCAAGUAUAGCGGCAUUGGUCAGCUCGACGUCAAUAACGCAGUCAUCGGCGCUUUCUGAGCCGACGAGCAGCCUCAGUGAACCCCAAGCUGCAACCAUUUCCGAAACUCUGUCUUCAAUUAUUUCAGACCCUUCAAGCACAACAACGGCCUCUGACUCUGAACACGACGAGCUGUGA